UGACCGGAAAUGGAAAACUUCCAGUACAGCAUCCAGCUGAGCGACCAAGACUGGGCGGAGUUCGCAGCCGCAGCCGAAGAAUGUGACCUCCUGCAGGCCAGCCUGGCCUCCGGGGACGAGCCCCUGUCCAGUGACAUUGACCAAGGGGACAGCAGUGGCAGCAGCCCCCCCGGGCCCCCGCUGCCUCUCAAGGGGCAGCAGGCUCCCCAGGGGCGGGGCUGGCCCGGCUGCACAGCGGGGGAAAAGGUGGCCCCCCGGCGGCCAGUCAGCAGGUCCUGGCCUGAGCCCGCCCUGGCCCCGGGGGCCGGUCAGCAGACGCCCGGCACGUCCCCACAGUCAGAAGCCAGGCUGCCCCUCGGCUCCGGCCAGAGCUCGUGCUCCCCAGGGACGGCUCCCACAGAGAUGCAGAGGCUUCUGCAAGGGCCAGCUCCCCAGGGCGCUGCCCCCGGGCCCCCCGGACAGGCUCCUCGGAGUCCCCCGGCCGCUGGCUGCAGCGCUGCCCCGCAAAAGCCCCCCAGCAGCCCUGGAACCCCGACACGCAGCCCCAGUCGGAAGAAGAGGCGCGCUGUGGGGGCCAAGGGGGGCAGUCGCGCCAGUGCCCCCACCCCGCCAGGCUCCCCCACUGUGCUCGCAGAGGCCAGGCCUGAGUGGGGAGCAGGGCCGGGGGUGCCCAGGACGCAGGACCCCUUGGUGGGGACGGCAAUGUGGACGGCAGGAGCUGGACAGGACGGGCUAAGGCCGGACUCUGCGAGCGCCCCGGAGGAGCCGUCCAGGCAAGGGCCAGGCUGGGGUCUGUCGACUCCCGCCCCCCAACCGGAGCCCGGGACAGACCUCAGGACAACCCCGAGAGCUGAGCCACACGUUGUGCCCACACCUGCCCAGGAGACUGGUCUGGACAUCUCAGUGGCCAAGGCAGACACAGUUCUGCCUCCACCCGCCUCCCAGCCUCCACAGGACUCGGCUCUGUCUACACCCGCUGCCCAGACUCCUCCUGACUCGUCUGUGUCUAGACCCGCUUCCCAGACUCCUUCCAACUCAGCUCUGCCUACACCCUUCUCCCAGCAUCUGCCAGACUCAUCUGUGUCUACAUCUGCCUCCCAGCGUCUGCCAGACUCGAUUCUGUCUACACCCACCUCUCAGCCUCUGCGUGACUCAGCUCUGUCUACACCCGCAGCCAAGCCUCUGUCAGACUCGGCUCUGUCUACACCCCCCUCCCAGACUCCGCCAGAUUCAUCUGUGUCUAUACUCGCCUCCCAGCAUCCGCCAGACUCAUCUGUGUCUACACCUGCCUCCCAACCUCCACCCAACUCAUCUGUGCCUACACCCGCUACCAAGCCUCCACCAGACUUGGCUCUGUCUACACUUGCUGCCCAGACUCCUCCCGACUCAGGUCUGUCCAUGCUUGCCUCCCAGCGUCCGCUAGACUCAUCUGUGUCCACCCUUGCCUCCAAGUCUCUGCCAGACUCGGCUCUGUCUACACCUGCCUCCCAGCCCCCUCACGAUUCAUCUGUGUCUACACCUGCCUCCAAACCUCUGCCCGACUCAGCUCUGUCUACACCUGCCUCCAAGCUUCCGCCAGACUCGGCUCUGUCUACACCCACCUCCCAGCCCCCUCCCACCUCGUCUGUGUCUACACCUGCCUCCAGUCCUCCACCUGACUCAGCUCUGUCUACAUCCACCGCCCAGACUCCUGCUGACUCGGCUCUGUCUACAUCUACUGCCCAGACUCCUGCCGACUCGGCUUUGUCUACACCCGCCUCCCAGCCUCUGCCUGACUCCACUCUGUCUACACCUGCCUCCCAGCCUAGACUGAAUGCCCACCUGCCGACGCCAGGCCCGGUGGCCAUGCCGGAGCUGGGUCCCCCUGCCCUUGUCCCCAAGGGCAGCCCACGUCAGGCUCAACCCAGCCUUCUUCCCGGGGUCCGGCCGGACGUGGGCGUGUCCGCACCAGCUUCACGCUGUGGGGCGGAGGUGGGGGCUGCCCCGGUGGCCCAGCUGGGUUUGAGUCCUGGUGAGUCUCCAGGGGUGCACCAGGAUGGGGAGACCCCCGGAGGCCCUGUCCGAGCCCCCAAGAAGAAGAAAGUCCGGUUUUCCAUGGCCAUGCCUGGCCCUGAGGGGCUAUGUGUGGGGGAGGCCUCAAAUCUGCCCCCGGGCUCCCGGGUGGCCCCAGGGAGCCCCGGGGGGCCUGGAGCCUGGGACGCGGUGGCUGUUGGGCCACGGUCCCCCCAGCCCCGGAUCCUGAAGCACCUGCCCCCCCUGGCCCCCUCUGCCUCAGUGCUGGCGGGGGCUGGAUCCCGGAGCAGCUUUGCCGUGACCCUCCCCGAGGCCUACGAGUUCUUUUUCUGCGACACUAUCGAGGAGGAGGACGAAGGCGCUGAGGAGGCCGGCCAGGCCGCAGUCCAGUGGCCGGACAUGUGCGAGUACUUCUUCCGGGACUGCCGCACGCGGGCCCCGGGCGGCCCGGCCCACGCAGAGCCGGUGCCGGCGCCUCCAACUGGAGACCCCAUGCCCAUCACCAUCCCCGAGGCCUACGAGCACUUCCUGGGGGAGGACGGGCCGGAGGGCAGCCCGGGCCCCGCCACCCUCCUCCGACUGCAAGCCCUGGGGGCCCCCGGGCCGGGCUCCCUGCCAGAGCCCGGCCCAGCCUCCGCCGAACAGCUGGACCUGGUGGUCAGGCGAGCAGGUGACCCCCCAAACCCCCUGGGCUCCCUCAGCCUCAGCCAGAAUGACAUGUGCCUGGUGUUCGUGGCCUUUGCUACCUGGGCGGUGAGGACCUCCGACCUACACGCGCCGGACGCCUGGAAGACAGUCUUGCUGGCCAACAUCGGCACCAUCUCUGCCAUCCGCUACUUCCGCCGGCAGGUGGGGCGGGGGCGCCGCAGCCGCAGCCCCAGCCCCUAG